UUGUCAAAAUUUUGUUUUGACACUAACGUAUCUAUUUACUACAUAUUUAGAAUUGCAUUUAAUAAAGUGAUAUAAACAUUCGCAAUAGCGAAACCCAAAAAUAAUGAAAAUGGUUGAUAAUUCAGAGAUUGUACUGCAACCUAAGGAGAUAAAAUCGUCAAAUUUUGAGGAUACCGUAAAUUCUAUACUGUGUGGGUUAGGCGCUCAAAAAUAUAUCGAGAUAUUCAAAAAACAAGAUAUUGAUCAGUAUGGAUUAUCGGAAUUGUCAGACGAGGAUCUCCGGAAAUUAGGUAUAGUCGAACCUGAAAUAAGGAACCAACUCAUUGAACGUGCCAAAUUGCUUCCUGCAUACGAAGAAUCUCAAGCUAUAAGGAUCGCUACUUUGGGUCCAAUGGAAAUGGUUGAAGUUUUCGAAGAAUGUGCUUUGCUACUCCAUAGGAUACAUCUUAGCAUGGUAGCCAGUAAUGCAGCACUGAGUAAAUCUAAGAAAGUUUCGGACUGUUUGCUAUAUAAAGAUAAAUAUGCAUCUAAUGUAGCUCUGGCCACAUUAAACGAAAUUAGUAACAUAUUAAAUUCUAUGGAAAUUGCAGUAAACUCAAAAUUUAAGAUAAGAAAGGCGAAAAACAAUAAGAAAAAGAAAAUUUUAGUUGGAACCAUUGGAAGUGCUGUGAUUGCUACAUUGGCAGUUCUAUUCACUCGGUCUCUCAAACAGCUCUGAAAUGUGAUCCAGAACUAAUCAUACAAAUUACCUUCUAGUUUAUGUGUCACUGUACUCCAGUAUUUUAUUGGUUAUUAAAUUAUUGUGAAAAAAUAA